AUGAGUCUCAGGGCUGGAUCGGGUCAUUUCCCAUCAAUCAGUUUUCUUAUUCGUGAAAGCCAACUGGCGCUUCACCACAAGGCCCUUCGGAACACAAAGAAUACAAGCAACGCAAAGGAUCACAUUAAAUUGAUGCACGUGGAUCACCCACUGGCAAUUUUGGCGGAGACUAGUGCUACCGAUAAGUCGAAGGCGGACGCGGAGACCACCGCCCAGGCCGUACUGGACUUGACACAUACUUCCAAGAAAGUAGCUACUACUACAGCACCGACAGGAACUACGUCUACUGAGGUUGAUCUAGCACUAAGGACCCCUUCAAAAAGGUUCUUUCGCGCGGACGAAAAGACGGUGAACGUGUUGACCUCCAAGUUCCUACUCUCUUAA